AUCUGAUAUGUAAUUGAAUUAUCUACUUGAUAUAAACAGCACUGGAAUAUCAGAAGUACUCAAUAACCUAUAAGCAACAUUUGCUGACGUUUCUAAUUAUUGUGAUAGCCGAAAAAAUCAUUGGAUAUGAUAAAAUACAUAGUAUUCUUAGCUAUUGUAACUGCGACAAGUGGAAGGCCUAAAGAUAAAACACCAUGGAAUAUGGUGACAGUACCAACAAACUGUCCAAAAGGUCAACAACUCAUCAACGGAGAGUGUAGAGAUAUUUGGUCUCAAGAUGAUAUACUUAAAAUGCCAAUGGAAGUUGAAAACGAACAAAAUGGGCCACGGAACAUGAUCACGGUGCCCACGAACUGUCCCCCGGGUCAGGAGCUGAUUAACGGCGUUUGUCGCGACAUCUGGCUAUUCAGACCUACGAGCCCAAUUCCGACAAAUAUUGAAGACUCGUUACUGCAUAUGGAAAAUGCUCCCCUUAAUAUGAUCACGGUCCCAACGAACUGUCCUCCAGGUCAACAGUUGAUCAAUGGCGUAUGCCGUGACGUUUGGAUGUUUGCACCGACCAGACCGACGCCGCUAGCCCUUGAACAAUAUAAUGAAAGCAAGAUUGUGGAGAAAAUAAUUGAAAGCAUCAAAUCAGAAUUAUUAUAUCGCCAAAAGCGACAGCUGGAUUUGGAUGCCGAGGAAAUACUUCAAUUGCUGGAUGAAGCAAAUGUGAGCAGAAACAUAAUAGCGGUUCCUAAUCAAUGUCCUGCUGGAUACAGGCCCGACAUAUUCGGAAUUUGUCGGCCAAUUUUUGAUUAAAAUCUACUGGGAUACUAUCAUCGAAAUUAUAUCUGAUACAAAAUAUUAAUACAUACUUAAAUAAAUAUCAUU